GCCGAGAGGGAGGGAAGAGGGAGGAGAGAGGGCUGCGGAGAGCCGGAGAGGGAAAGGGGAGGAGAAGAAGGAAAACCCCUGUCAAGGAGGUGGAGCGAGGGGGUGGUGUCCGCCUCCUGUUCCUCCCUGCCGUCUUUUAGAGGAGUCUGAACCGGGACAAAACACGCCGAGACCGACAGACACAAAGCCGGGGGGUCCACGCUGGCGCUGGAGGCGAGCCCCGGCGGCCCGCGAGCGAGCCCGAGGCGCGGCGGGGCGCGGGGCGCGGGGGGCGCUAGCGGGGCGCGGGCCGAGCCGGGGCCGGGCACCUCGGCCGCUCGGGCCGCGGCGGCGGGGACCAUGCGAGGAAAGUCUCCUGAGCCCGGCAACUUCGGCCCCCUCCCCGCCCCCACCCGUGCUGCCCUCCGCGCGGCCCUGCCCAUGUGCAGCCGGCCGGCGGGGCUCUCCUCCUCGCAGGCGGAUGGGUGACCUUUUCCUGGCUCGGGCAGGCUGUGCGAGGCGGCGGAGCAGGCGAUGAAGAAGAAGCAGCAGUAUCCCGGCGGCGGCGCGGAUGCCUGGCCCCAUGGGGCCCCUCUGGGGGGCGCCCCUGCGGGCCUGGGCAGCUGGAAGCGCCGGGUCUCCCUGCUGCCUUUCCUGCGCUUCUCCCUCCGGGACUACGGCUUCUGCAUGGCCACCCUGCUGGUCUUCUGCCUGGGCUCCCUCUUCUAUCAGCUCAGCGGGGGACCCCCUCGCUUCCUGCUCGACCUGCGGCAGUAUUUGGGAAAUUCCACUUACUUGGAUGAUCAUGGACCACCUCCUAGUAAGGUGCUACCUUUCCCCAGCCAGGUGGUGUACAACAGAGUAGGCAAGUGUGGGAGUCGUACUGUGGUCUUGCUUCUGAGAAUCUUGUCGGAAAAGCACGGAUUCAAUUUGGUCACGUCAGACAUUCACAACAAAACCAGGCUUACUAAAAAUGAACAAAUGGAACUGAUUAAAAAUAUAAGUACUGCCGAACAGCCCUAUUUAUUCACUCGACAUGUUCAUUUCCUCAACUUCUCAAGGUUUGGAGGAGACCAGCCUGUCUACAUCAACAUCAUUAGAGACCCCGUCAACCGGUUUUUAUCUAACUAUUUUUUCCGUCGAUUUGGAGACUGGAGAGGGGAACAGAAUCACAUGAUCCGCACCCCCAGCAUGAGGCAGGAGGAGCGCUACCUGGAUAUCAAUGAGUGCAUUCUUGAAAACUAUCCUGAGUGUUCCAACCCCAGAUUAUUUUACAUCAUUCCAUAUUUUUGUGGACAGCAUCCCAGAUGCAGGGAGCCUGGUGAGUGGGCCCUUGAAAGAGCAAAGUUGAACGUGAAUGAAAACUUCCUGCUUGUGGGGAUUCUCGAAGAGUUGGAAGACGUGCUGCUUUUACUGGAAAGAUUUUUACCUCAUUACUUCAAGGGUGUGCUCAGUAUCUACAAAGACCCAGAGCAUAGGAAACUUGGAAAUAUGACUGUGACCGUGAAGAAGACUGUCCCCUCCCCCGAAGCCGUGCAGAUUCUCUACCAGCGAAUGAGAUACGAGUAUGAGUUCUACCACUACGUCAAAGAGCAGUUCCACCUGCUGAAGCGCAAGUUUGGACUGAAGUCCCACGUCAGCAGGCCCCCUCUGAGACCCCAGUUCUUUAUUCCAACUCCACUGGAAACCGAGGAGCCGAUCGAUGACGAGGAGCAAGAUGACGAGAAGUGGCUAGAAGAUAUUUAUAAGAGGUGAUGCCAGCACUGUGUUGCCUCCACCGGCUGUAUCUCCCUUUUCCAGAAAGUUCUUUUGUGGGGGGGGAGGAAAAAUCCUUAAGGGACUAAAUUAAUGCUCAGCUGCAUUAAAAAGAACAAAACAUGCCCAUAUGUUGGGGUCAUGGGGAGAUGCCUGGUUUUGCGGGUCUCACUUGUCUGACUGCAUUGUGUCUUCCUGGCUCCUUGGGUCCUAUCCCAGGUACACUAGAUGGUGCCAUCAUGGGGCAUCCCAUCAAAACAUAGCUUUUCCCUCUAACAUCAUGAAAGGAGGGGGAGAAAUAGAGCCCAUGGCCCAGUAACUUAUCAUUUGUAAAAUGACUUGUAAAAAUAUUACCUCAGUGGUAGGACACAUCCAGACUUACCUAUUUCGGUAGAAAGACAAAACCACUUCAGAGACCAGGGAAUCCACUCUAGAAGGAUCUAAGAGGAGAAGCUAAGACUGAUAAGGACCUCAAAAGGGAGGAUGCCCUUGGAUGAGUGGUUUCUGCCCCCGUGGGUAGAAUUCUGCCUCUGGUCCAUCUCAGGGGACACCUUCACCAAGAGCAGCGUACUUAUCUCUGAAAGGAGUCAGCUCUUGCCACACCCCCAACCCAUCUAGAGCCUCGGGUACCUUUCAAGGUCAAGGGGCACGGCAAGCUCCAUUGAGACACUCCCUUUCCAAGCACUAUUCUGACAGAUAUCAAAGCAGUGUAGCAGGGAAAAGAAUUUGUUUGCUAUGUAAGGAAGACUGUAGGCGAGACAGAGCAACUCUGGAGGUCAUGUGACAUCAGGAAAAUGGUACGGUUGUGUUCUUUGCACCCAGUAUGAAACAUCUCUCUCCCCAGCAUGCUUUCACUGGAAACCCAGGAACCAGUUUAGCUCUGGCAUUUGGCGGCUGUGGGCAGAAGUUCUAAGCCUGACCACAGACGACGAUGCAUAAUCUACCAGGCAAACCCUUGGCCCCAGUUGGGUCCACAGUCACUGGCAUCUUUCACCUUUGGUCCCUUGAGAGGUACCUGGUUUUGGUAAAAAAAAAAAAAAGGGGGGGCGUCCUGAGUUCUACUCAGGCAGCUGUGAAACCACAGUCCCAUUUCUUAUGGAAGCAGCUCUCUCCUGAGAACGCUUAUUAAGACAUUAAGAAGAGAAGAAGCAAGAGCUUCUGGUAAGUGUCUGCCUGACCAGCUCUCUGAGUAGGUGUCUCCCCGCAGAGUAGUCUGCAUAGCUGUUGGGCAGUUCCAUUGCUCCAAAUAUCUCUUCUCCCCAUUUCUCUCCCGUCAUCUGCCACCUAUUCAUGAUCCUGUGGGUCUUCGGCUUCUGAAAUGUUUUCAUCGUUAACUGCUCCCUCCUCCCCAGCCCUGAAUAUACAUAUAUUCCUGGGUGGAUAACAUACAGCCAACCGAGAAGCAAGGGUGCAGGUGGUGAUGGUAGGCAGGAUACUUGCAUCAGAUCUUGUCUCCUUCAUGUUUUUUCCCCUAGAGCCGGUCCUUUCAAAGCACUAGCAAAGUGUGAGUUGGGAACACUUAAUAGUAAAUAAGACUGACUUUACACAAGCUACACAUUUUCUACUUUUCAGAAACCAACAAGUCUCUCUAGAGUUUUUUCUUCGUUCACUAAAACUGGACGGUAGCCAAGAUAUAAAGCAAGUCCUUUGGAACCUGUCGAGUGAGCACUAAAGCUACUUUAUCAUGAGAUGUACUGAGAAGGCUCCGCCCCACAGGAGUCCAGCGAAGGCUGGGACCACAGAGGCACAAAAUCAGCAUUUGGCCACUGGUGGGCCUCCUUUCUGCCUCAGAGAACUGGGGCAGAGACGUGCUUAAGAAAAAUGUUCUUAGAAGAGGAAAUAUCCUUUGUCCUGUUGAGAGAGGCCAGGGCCCUACCAUUAGGCCUACCUUAAAAAGCAACACAGAGAACCGCUGUCCUAUUGAAAACAAAAACAAGAACGACAGCCUGGUACAUGGUGAGUCAUUUCUCUGAAACUGCACAUAAAGAAUGAUAAUUAGUUCACACACUGUACAAGCUCACUCUCUGAAAAUAAAAUUGAAUUGGCUUCGUGGUUUCUCUUUGUCAGAACAUCAGGACCACUGGUCAUGUUAGCAAUGCGUCAUCCCCCGAGUUCACAUGAGCACUGGGUGUCCAAAGGCAUUUAUUGUCAGCAGUGAUCCUGAUAACAUCCCAGGAAAAGAUGCUGACGGAUUCACUUGCAGGGCCUUACUGUUACUCUGUCCCAACAAAUAGCCUCUACGUCCUGAUAGUCAAGGCACUUCAUCAGUUUAUUGGCACACAUGACAACAUUUCUUUGGCCCUGAGCCCAACGCAGUUUGUACUUCAUGAAAUAUAUUGUACAUUUUACAUAGUUUAAUUUAAAAAAUACAUUUUAAGCUGGUUGAUCUUUGACUGCCUUAUUUAUUAUAACCUUUCAGCACAUUCCAAGGUUUUAGUUACUCAGGAAGGAGUUAAUUAAAAUGAUUUUUAUUUUGGUCUGAUGGAUGUUUUUUAAAAGGAAAAUUAUUAUUAUGAACCUUCAGCCUACUUUCCUUGAGUGCCGUAAAAGUGCUUGUAAAUCUUUUUUUUUUUUAAGAAGAAGAAGGAAAAAAAUGGUGUUUGACAUGGAUGGAAAUUCAAAAAUAUAUAUGGAACUGAAACAUUAGCUUAGCUAAAAUAAAAGCAAUCUGUGUUUGAGAUGAAGUGUUCCUUAACUUAUUCAUUAUUCAUAUAAAUAAAUGAAUAUAAAUAA